AUGACUACCAUCCACACUUGCAAGCAACAACACAAACAAGAAGACAUUAAGCAAUCUCGCACUUCAACCAUCAAGCCUACAGAGGUUGAAUAUUUUGGAGAUAAGCUGAGACUUACCACAUUCACCAAUGAAUCUGAUAUAAAACCAAUUCCACUGAAUUGGGGAGCUGCAGACCCUUUGGUGAGAGGCCCAGUAAUUACCUCUAAAUACAAAGAUGGCAUGUCGAAACACAAUUCCAUUGGUGCACAUGCUGGUCCUUACUCUAUUUACCAUGCCCUAAGUAUUGCAUCUAAGCAGUUGGACACUAACCAUGAACCAGACUACACAAAUGCACAUCCUUCUUACAACUUUAAGCAACAGCCACAAUGGUCUGAACAUGGUAAGAUUGUUACAAUGGAUCCAUUUGGGCAUUUAGCUCCUUGGAUCUUCAAAGAUUUAAGUAAUGCAGAGAACAUCCAAGUAAAGCCAACCAUGUCUAUCACCAAAGCGGUGUUGUCAAUCCCCGAGAUAAAGGAAGAAGUCCAAAAAGGUAACUUAAUCCCAGACGGUAAGAUUGUUUUGAAUGAAUUGGGUGAAAUGGCAUGCACUAAAAUUGCAAUUGAUCCGGUCUGGUAUUUGCCGGGUGUUGCGGAAAGGUUGAAUAUUUCAGAAUCUGAAUUAAGAAAAGCCUUAUUUGAAGAUACCAAUGGCAUGUAUCCCGAGUUGAUUUCGAGACCUGAUAUUAAGACGUUCUGUCCUCCAAUUGGUGGCACAACUGCAUACAUUUUUGGUGAUCCGGAGAACUUACCAAAUCCAGAAAAACGGCUUGCAUUCAGAGUCCAUGAUGAAUGUUCAGGUUCAGAUGUUUUCUUAUCAGAUAUUUGUUCUUGUAGGUGUUAUUUAAUUUUUGGGUUGGUUGAAGCUGCGAAGGAGGCGCAGAAUGGUGGCAAUGGCUUGGUAUGCUAUUUCCGUAAAGAAGGUAGAUGUUUAGGCGAAGUUACCAAAUAUCUUGUGUACAAUGCUAGAAAGAGAGGCGGUGAUACUGCGGAUGAAUAUUUCCAUCGUACUGAAUGUAUUGCAGGUGUUAAAGAUGCAAGAUUCCAAGAGCUAAUGCCUGAUAUUCUACAUUGGUUAGGCAUCACAAAAAUUGAUAGAAUGUUAUCAAUGAGUAACAUGAAACAUGACGCUAUUGUUGACUCUGGCAUUAAAAUUGCGGAACGUGUUGAAAUUCCGGACCACCUAUUACCAGCAGAUUCAAGAGUUGAAAUUGAUGCAAAAAUAGCUGCUGGUUACUUUACCAAUGGUCACGUUUAUACUACUGAAGAGUUGAAGAAAGUCGAAGGUAGAAAAUGGGACAGCUUGUAA